AUGCCCUCCGACCUGCUGCUGGUUCCCAGAUAUCUGAGGAGCCCCGGCGAUGAUGGCUAUCGGACGCCAACUAUCGAAGAUGCGGAGCGAACUCUGGCCGUUCGGGGCGGAGCGGAUGCUCCUAGUCUGGGUAGCAAUGCCCGCAAAGUCCAUACUUCUGCUUUGGAAGCCGCUUUGCAGAAGGUCGCUUCUCGAGCGACUGAUCAGACAGCUGGUAACAAGGAGUUUAGCCAUUGUAUGGAUCGUGAUGGUCCAGAACUUACAAGGAAAGUGACAGAUGCUUCGGCGUCCAAGCUCACUUGGAAGAAACGCAUUCGCCAUGUCACCUGGGCAUACUUCACUUUGACUAUGGCUACUGGAGGGCUCGCGAAUGUAUUAUACGAAGUCCCGUAUCGCUUCCGGGGAUUGGAUACAAUUGGAACGGUCGUCUUUCUGAUCAACAUUGUGCUGUAUCUGUUUAUUUGGGGACUUUUACUCGCCAGAUUCUAUCACUACCCGUAUACCUUUAAAGCAUCAUUUCUGCAUCCCACCGAGUCCUUGUUCGUUCCUGCCUGUGUGGUCUCCUUUGGUACCAUUUUGAUCAACAUCUCCCAAUACGGCCCUGGUAAUACAGGCCCAUGGUUGAUGGAAGCUGUCGGCAUAUUAUUCUGGAUUGAUGCCGUUCUUGCUGUCUUAUUCUCUGCUGGCAUCUAUCUCGUCCUAUGGUCCACUCAAACUUUCACUAUCGCCCAGAUGACCCCAAUUUGGAUCUUUCCUGCCUAUCCCAUGCUCAUCAUUGGUCCACACGCCGGUAUACUAAGUGCGAAGCUGGAGCAAGCUCGCUGCCUGCGCAUUAUCAUUGGGGGAACAACAAUCCAGGGUGUUGGUUUUCUGGUCUCGCUGAUGGUCUACUCGGCCUUUAUCUAUCGACUGAUGACGCAGAAACUCCCCAAAGAAAAUAUCCGGCCGGGAAUGUUCGUCUCCGUGGGACCCAGUGGCUUCACUGUCGCAGGAAUCGUGAAUAUGGCAGCAUCUGCAAAGCGUUCGUUUCCGUCGGAUUUCAUGGGAAAUGGGGCUUUGGCUGCUGAUGUGUUGAGGGUGGUGGUCGACUUUGCUGCAUUAUGGCUGUGGGGAUUGGCAAUCUUCUUUUUCAUCAUCGCCAGCGCAGCACACUGGUCAGCUAUAGGCCCAGGUCGAAUGGUCUUUUCAAUGACUUGGUUCUCGUUUGUGUUUCCGAAUACUGCCUUGAUUACUGCGACAUUCGCUAUUGGUAAGGCCUUCUCAUGCAAAGAGAUCAAUAUCAUUGGAUGCGUGGCGAUCCUCCCGUUGAUACUCAUGUACUUCUUUGUAUGCUACAUGAUGGCUCGGGCCAUCAUUACGCAUCAAAUUCUGUGGCCGCAAAAGGGUGAAGACAGAGAUGAGGGCGGGUUCGAGAUUCAUCUGGUCAAGGCGGAUGCAGAGAUCUCCGAUGAGAUCAAUGGAAUGGCUGUUUGA